AUGCAGCGUCGUACAAGUCGCAGUCAAGAUCCGGGCCACGAAAUGGAUACAGAGCCCCCUGCAUCCUCUAAGCCCACUGAAACAUCGCUGCAGAACAAAGGAUCGACGCCAAUUCUCCACAAUGCGGCAGCCUCCUCCCCGGAAGCAGAUUCGACGGAAAACAACGAUGAUAAGAAAUAUCUUACAGGAUGGAAACUUCAUUCUUUGAGCGCAGCGCUCUGGAUCAGCCUCUUCUUAUCAACGCUCGAGACAACCAUCGUCAGUACAUCGUUGGUCUCCAUCACCAACGCCCUCAACGGCUUCAUCCUUCGCGAUUGGAUCGUCACAUCCUAUUUGCUGACAUACACCGGCUUUUUGGCUAUUUAUGCCAAGCUUAGCGAUGUUUUCGGGAAGAAGACGAUGCUUUUGCUUGCUCUAUUCAUUUUCACCUUGUUUUCUGGUCUUUGUGGUGCUGCAAACAAUGUCGUUGCCCUUAUCAUCCUUCGAGCCUUCCAAGGCAUCGGCGCGUCAGGCAUCUACGCCAUGAUUCUCGCAAUCGCUCCGAGCUUGGUUCCGAUCAGCAAAUACGCAAAGUACAUGGGCGUCAUGUCGACAGUUUUCAUCACCGCAAGCGUUCUGGGCCCUAUUCUUGGUGGUGUUAUCAGUCAGCACUCAACCUGGCGCUGGGUCUUUCUUCUCAAGUACGACCCUGCCUUUAUGCUCCGUCGUGACAUGCUGACACAAGAUCAUAGUCUUCCUGGAGGAGCCAUCGCCUUUGUCAUGGUUUGCUUCUUCCUGCCAGCUUCCGAAGAGUCAUCCAACCUCUCACUACUAAAAGUGUUGCGGGCAAAGUUCCGACGAUCGAACUGGGUCUGUAUCGACGUGCUUGGAAUAAUUCUUCUCCUUGCAGCCUCUGUUCUCCUUGUUUUCGCACUUGAGGAGGGAGGUACUCGAUACUCAUGGAGCAAUGCGAUUUUCAUAGCCACACUGGUGCUGGCAGUUGCACUCUUCAUCGCCUUUGGGUUUUGGGAAGUCUAUGUUGAAAAGUCGCCAAGCAAGCAAGAGCCCGUUUUCCCACCGAGUAUCUGCAAGGAUAGGAUCUCAAGCGCCAUGCUACUAACUACCUGUUUCAUUGGCUUCCCUUUCGUCUCAAUGGUAGUCAACAUUCCGCAAAGAGCGCAAGCUGUGUAUGGAAUGUCACCAUCUCGCGCUGGCAUCAUACUACUACCCAUGAUGCUGACUUCUCCUGCGGCAACUGUCCUUUCGGGCUACUUGACCGGGAACGCCAAGGUACCGCCCGCCUAUCUAAUAAUUAUCGCAGCGGUGCUACAAGUUUUAGGCGUUGGCUUGACAUGCUCACUGUCCACAGAUACAACUGACAUGCCAGAUGCUGAGUACGGCUAUGAGGUGUUGAUGGGGGUUGGGUUCGGUAUGGGCCUGGCUACCGUCUUGACCUUUGCUAGGGUGGUAGUCUCCGAAGCAAAUCUUCCUGUGAUGAUGGGUGCAUUGACGCAGAUCCGUGUUCUCGGUGGCACAGUCUCCCUUGCAAUCUGCGCUACGCUUCUGAACAAUCACUUGAAACCGAAGCUGAACGGUCUUGUCUCUUCGGAGCAGGUAGCGGCUAUCCUUGACUCCGUCUCUGCGAUAAAUGAUCUAGGCGGGUCCCAACAGCUAGCUGUCAGAAAAGCAUUUGCCGAGGGUUAUAAUCUGCAGAAUAUCUUCAUGACAGCCAUGUCUGCUGCUGGUUUGAUAACCUCUUUAUUCUUGUUGGAAAGACAUCCACGUAUAGCAAAGUAG